GUACGUGCUUAAUUUACUUAUUCGCUUACCAACACUUUCAUGUUGUUAGUUGUAGACGCUCUCAUUUACGGAAGCGGUUAGCCUGUUAGCCUUAUUAGCAGCAGCGGCUAGCUUUAGCUCGCCAAUACACUAUUGAAUACUGUUGUGGUUCUUAUUAUAAUAGCUUCUGGUUUAGGUGAAGAUGAGUCUCAGAAAACAAACCCCCAGUGACUUUCUGAAGCAGAUUAUCGGCAGACCUGUGGUGGUCAAGCUCAACUCGGGCGUUGAUUACAGAGGUGUUCUGGCCUGUCUGGAUGGUUACAUGAACAUUGCUAUUGAGCAGACAGAGGAGUACGUCAACGGGCAGCUCAAGAACAAGUAUGGAGAUGCCUUUUUGAGAGGAAACAAUGUUCUGUACAUCAGCACCCAGAAGAGGAAGGUGUAGCAGAAAUCUUCUUUUUUUAAUUAUUGUAAGUUUGUUUUAGAGAGCGAGUUUUUGUUCUUUUGUGGUUUUGUAAAGUUGAAAUGUUCUACAAAUGACAUAAGUUGAUAAAUGAUGGAUUUCAUUUACAUUUUCAUACUGUUAUGAAAAUAGAAAUAAAAUUACUUUAAAUGGA